AUGCCACGUUAUUAUACUUGGAAUGCUUCAUCGAAGAAUUUUCAAAGACGGAAGCAAGGCGAUGCGGUGCCCGGGUAUCCGGAUGUGCGUUCUACUGAUGCUCUUGGUCGUAUGUAUACAGUUCAUCCAAAGAAUGAUGAAUGUUUCUAUUUGCGGUUGUUGCUGGUAAAUGUGCGUGGGCCCACGUCAUUUGAGACACUACGGACUGUUAAUGGUGUAAUAUUCCCAACAUAUCGUGCUGCAUGUGAAGAACUGAACUUAUUAGAAAACGAUACCCAUUGGGAUACGACAAUCGCUGCAGCCAUUAUCUCUGCAUCUCCAAGUCAGAAGAUUAUAGAUAUUUUACAUCAAAUUCGUAUCACUUCCAGAAAUCACGAUGUUGAGAUGAAUGAGGAGAUACAUAAUCGUGCUUUACUCUUGAUCGAAGAUAUGUGUUACCUCAUGUGCGGUACUUUAUUAAUCAAGUUAGGAAUGCCAGCGCCUAAUCGUGAAAUGAGUGACGCAUUUAAUCGAGAAUUGGAACGGGGAUGUGAAUAUGAUUACCAGGAAUUAGAUUUAGUAGUUCAAACGAAUGUACCCCUGUUGAAUUCCCAACAAAAGGAAGUUUAUGAUACUUCAAUGAAGGCAAUCAAUGAUGGAAAUGGUGGUUUAUAUUUCGUAGAUGCCCCUGGUGGAACAGGUAAGACAUUCCUCAUGUCAGUAGUUUUAACCACUGUUCGUGCGAUAUCCAACAUAGAGGUUGCAGUUGCUUCUUCUGGAAUAGCAGCCAUAUUGUUAGAAGGAUGCCGUACGGCUCAUUCAGCAUUAAAAUUACCGUUAAAUCUUCAAACUAUUGAAGAUCCAACGUGUAAUAUUACGAAAAAUUCAGCAAUGGCCAAAGUUUUAUCGGCAUCGAAAAUCAUCAUCUGGGACGAAUGCACAACGGCGCAUAAACGUGUAUUAGAAGCACUUAACCGAACAUUAAAAGACUUACGGAAUGACUCGAGAUGUUUUGGAGGAGCAAUGAUUUUACUGUCUGGCGAUUUUCGCCAAACACUGCCAGUAAUUCCAAGAUCUACGGCUGCCGACGAAAUAAACACUUCCCUCAAAUCGUCGAAUCUAUGGCGCUAUGGAAGAAACUGCAGCUGA